UCAGACAUUUCUCACAUGCAGCUCCUCCAGAGGGCAGCAGCAUCAGUAACCUGCUGCUCAUCCAUUGCAGGGAUACAGAAGAAGAAGCUUCCGGUGACCCAGCCAGGCUUCAUCAUGCCUACUGCUGUGAUCAUGGAGGAAAACUUUGAUAAAUUAUUAGAACAGUGUGAAGCUCAAGAGCUCGAGGCUCCAGGGGGCAUUGCAACACCUCAAGUCUACGCUCAGCUGCUGGCGCUUUAUUUACUUCAUAAUGACCUGAAUAACGGCAGGUAUCUCUGGAAGCGGAUUCCCCAAGCUAUAAAAUCGGCAAACCCUGAAUUAGCAGCGAUUUGGGCAGUCGGCCAACGCAUUUGGCAGCGAGACUUUCCAGGGAUCUACACGACCAUCGCAGCCUUCCAGUGGACGGAGAAUAUUCUUCCGGUUAUGGAAGCUCUCAGAGAGACCACACGGCAGAGAGCCUACAGUCUCGUGGCCCAGGCCUACACCUCGAUAGCAGCAGAUGACUUCGCUGCGUUUGUGGGAUACACUGUGGAAGAAGCAGUCAAGGGUGUGGUGACUCAGGGCUGGCAGGCAGAUCCUGCUACCAGGAUGGUGAUGCCCAAAAAGCCAGAUCCUCCCCCCGUUUCAUUGGUUCCAAAUGAGCAGCAGUUGGCUAGACUCACUGACUACGUGGCUUUCCUCGAGAACUGAUAACCCACUACAACCACUGCCGCCCUUUUUUUGUGAUUGCUCAGUACCAAGGGAGUACACAAGUUUGGAUAGACACUUCCUUCUUCUUCCUCCCUGAUAGAGACAUACCAAACACACACCCAUCAUCUCACAUGAAUGCUGCAAGCGCAAACUGUCUAUUUAUGUUCAUUGACUUGCAUAGAUUUCCCACGUUGACAUCUGUUUAAACUUGAUUAAUUUUAAAAUCUGUGGUUUCAAAACUACUCACUGCAUAAUUCUGGAUCUGAUUUCAAAGAAGGACUUACAGUAGAUAUGCUUCCCAAUGCUGUCACUAUGUUUUUAUUGCUAACCCAACAAAUCCACCACACAGAAUAGAUGCACAAGCUUGUGUGCACAUUUUACCCAUGCUCCUUUAGCACUUGUAUAGUGCCUUGAAAAAUAAUUUUUCAGGUAACUGAAGUCUGUGUAAGCAUGUAGAACCGAGUGGAUUUCAGUCUCCAGACCUCAUGUUUUGAAGUUGUUGUUUUGACUGGUGAAUAAAUAUUUUGUUGUUUAUAAAUUAAA